AUGAAUAUACUCCACUGCGUGCAGCAGGGCCACGAGCUCGUAGCAUUGGUGAACUUGCACCCCAAGCCUUGUGGAUCCGAAGAGAUCGAUAGCUAUAUGUUUCAGACGGUUGGCUCCCGGGCCAUAGAGAACCUAGCCGAGUGCCUCGAUAAGCCGUUGUACAGAGAUAUCAUUAGCGAUAAUGAGGAAGACGUUGUGGAGACUUUAGUUGGUAUUUUCAGCAGAGUUAUUUCGGAUUUCCCAGAUAUCAAGGCAGUCUCAGUUGGUGCAAUUGGGUCAGUUUAUCAACAGCUGAGGGUCGAUACAGCAUGCCAAAGAGUCGGUCUAGAAUCUCUGACAUUUCUUUGGCAACGGGAUCAAAUCGAAUUGCUGGACGAAAUCAUCGCCAGCGGUCUCGAUGCACGUAUUAUCAAAGUUGCAGGAAUUGGCCUCGACGAGUCUCAUUUGGGCAAAUCCUUGGCCGAAUGUCGGCCUCACCUGUUGAAGUUGAACAAAAUGUAUGGACUACAUCCUUGUGGUGAAGGCGGCGAGUAUGAGACCAUGGUUUUCGACGGUCCUAUAUUCAAAAAGUCACUGGUGAUGAUGAACAGCAGGGUCGUUGAACACGCUAGCGAUGACGUCUUUUAUUUAUCGUUCCACACAAUGACACAACCUAAAGAGGGCAACACUAUGGACUUUUGUUUGCCUGUUCCUCCGGUCUUAUCGGAUCCAUUCGACUCAAUCGACGCCCAAGUCUCAGAACCAGUGCAUAUCAACCCACGUCGAUGGUGUGUAACUCCUUGGCAGGCUGAGAAAAUUUCAAACGAUACAUUUCAGCUCACUGUUGCAGGCGAUAUUGAGCAUGUGUUUGCUGUUCUCGAAAGCUUUUAUGCUGAGCACGAGUUUACUUUAGCUCACACACGUCACGUCUCGGUGAUCCUGAGUGAUAUGCAGCAGUUUGCUUCGAUGAACAAGCGAUACGUCCAAUAUUUCAACAUCUUAAACCCUCCCUCAAGACUCUGUAUCGAAGUCCCCAUUCAGUUUGAGGCUGAAAUCACAGUAUUUGGCUCAAAGCUGUUGGAUGGCUCUUCAAAGUGUCUUCACGUACAGGGACGCAGCUUCUGGGCUCCCGCAAAUAUUGGACCAUAUUCACAAGCCAGAUUGGACUUUGGAUUAAACUAUGUUGCUGGUCAAAUUGGUCUAUUACCUGCAUCUUUAACUCUUGAAAGCGACCUAGUCAAGCAGGCUCUGCUAGCUCUGCAAAACGCAUACCGCGUGGUUAGCACGAUACACGGUGGUGGGAACUGGGAUAUAUUAUCUGCCACAGUUUUUAUCACGAAUCAAGCGUAUCAUAGCUUGGUGCAGGAAAUUUGGCAGCAAACCGAAUUCGCCAGUGUGCCCCUCUUGGUCGCGGAGGUUUGCCAACUCCCUCGUGGCGCAGUUGUAGAAUGGGCUUUGCAAACGUUCGAUACUAACUUAUUCGAGUAUCAGAGUACCAUUGACGAAAACGAUGAUUUCGUUUGGCCUGCUCGUCGUAAAAACGUGGCCGAGGGAUUUGAGUUACAGUUCGGACUUUACACUUUUCGGCAAGCACCGACAGCCAGAGCUCCAGCCUCUUCGAAAUACGCUACAAUCUAUACAAAAAACCCGGGAUCGCUUCCAGAUUUCCAAGGUCAGGUCAUCCCAGUUCUCAACCUAUGGAUCAGCCGCCUACCACGGGAUACCGUUGUGCAGUCGCUCGCUUGA